AUGAGUGAGGAUUUCUCUCUGUUUACUUCUAUGAGGUACGACCCGAGACUUGAGCACAUGAAAAGCAUCGGGCUCGGUGACAAAGGCUGGAACUUUGAGAACAGCUCUCCUCUAUAUAUGCUCGACUUCCACCGCGACCGGCUUCUCAGAGCAGCCACACAUUGGAAAUGGCAGCCUGCGAUCGAUAGAUUAUCGGGUGAUAAUGGCCUCUCCUCUCUGGCCCAACUCGUUUUAGACCAUAUUGAAACAUCUCAACAAACGCCGUUGAAGAUAAAAUUAGUCGUGUCUCGACAUGGCGAUAUCAAGGUUGAGCAACUCAAAAUACCCGAAAUACCCUUGCAGAAUCUAUUUCCAGCUCGGCUUCCACCCCCUGCCCGUGCUUCAUUUGACGACGAACCUGGGAAGGCUACGGUUUUUAGCCUUCUGGUAGAUCAGCCUACGACUACAAGGUCCGAGUAUACCCACUUCAAAACUACAAAGAGAGAUGUGUACGAUGCUGCCCGACAACGCGCUAGUAUAACAUACGCGGAUCUUGCAGAAGUCUUGGUCAUCGACCAAGACGAUGGAUCUAUUAUGGAAGGUACAUUUACUACACCUUAUUUCUGGAGGAACAGACAAUGGGUCACACCACCCGUUGCGGCCCAUUUCAGUUGGAACGAAGGGAGUGGUGGUCAAGAUGGGAUAUCCAGACGUUGGGCAUUAGAAAGGGGAUUCGCUUUUGAGCGAGUGAUCAAUGUCAAUUCUCUGGUUCAUGGCGAGGAGUGUUGGAUCAGCAAUGGGGUCAGGGGCUUCAUUGCGGCAACUGUCCAUCUUCAAUGA